CGGAAGUUUGGUGCAAAGUGCUGAAAACUUCAAGCACAAAAAUGAGUGAAGGAAAAGAGAUCAAUUCAGCCACAAUGACCCCAAAUAAGGAUAUUUUAUCACCAGGGUUGCCAGUAUCUUGCCCACCUUCCCAGUUCCAUUCACCAUCUUUUUCAAGAUCACCUCUUCUUUAUGCAGAAAAUGCAGAGACUCCCAAAAGCAAAAGCCCGGGAACCUCAAGAAUAUCUUUGACUCCAAAACUUUUAAGUCCGUUGGCUACCCCUCUGAGAAAGGCUCUUCGCCUCACAAAGUUUGAUCCCCAGGACGCAUGGCUUCUCAUCACUGAAUCAAGAAACGCUCUUAUCCUUCCAAUCGCCUUCACUUACCUCGGCUGGGCAUGGGGAUUAAUCAGCUUGACUAUAACAUUCAUGUGGCAACUUUAUACCUUAUGGAUACUCAUUCAACUUCAUGAAUCAACAGAAACUGGGAAGCGUUACAGCAGAUACCUCCAACUCUCCCUUGUUGCCUUCGGGGACAGAUUAGGGAAGUUGCUGGCUUUAUUUCGGAUCUUUUACCUAUCAGCUGGCACAUGUGUUGCUCUGAUCAUCGUCGGUGGAUCGACGUUAAAAGUCUUCAUUCAGAUAGUAUGCAACUCCACCUGCUCGGCAAAGCCACUGACCACAGUAGAAUGGUACCUGGUGUUUACAUGUGCAGCCGUGGUGCUGUCACAGCUGCCAAAUCUGAAUUCAAUAGCAGGGGUGUCAUUGGUGGGAGCCAUCACUGCUGUGGGGUAUUGCACGUUGAUCUGGGCGGUAUCUGUGGUGGCCGGAAGGCUUCCGGCAGUGUCCUACGAUCCUGUGACAGAUAACACUGAGAUUAAAAGGAUCAGUGAUGUGCUUAACGCACUUGGGAUUAUUGCUUUCGCCUUUAGAGGUCACAAUCUCACCCUGGAAAUUCAGGCUACCGUGCCUUCAAGUGAGAGGCAUCCAUCAAAAGUGCCAAUGUGGAAAGGAGUUCAGGUUGCAUAUGGCAUUAUAGCUAUGUGCUUAUUUCCCCUUGCAAUUGGUGGCUACUGGGCUUAUGGUCAGAUGAUACCGGCAGAUAAUGGCAUACUAUCAGCUCUUUACGUUUACCAUUCACAAGACGUAUCACGAUCAGUGCUUGGGCUAAUCAUCUUAUUAGUCACGAUUAACGCGUUAAGCUCCUUCCAAAUCUAUGGGAUGCCAGUGUUUGAUGGCAUAGAAUCUUUAUACACCAGCAGAAAGAACAAGCCAUGCCCAUGGUGGCUCAGGGCAAUUUUCAGAAUUUUUUUUGGACUUUCAUGCUUCUUUGUGGCAGUGGCAACUCCAUUCUUGGGAAGCCUGGCGGGUUUGCUAGGAGGCAUAACACUGCCUGCCACAUUGGCUUAUCCUUGCUUUAUGUGGGUAAAGAUUAAGAAACCAAAGCAGUACAGUGGAAUGUGGUGGCUUAACUGGGGACUCGGCACGUUAGGUGUGGCGCUGAGCGGCAUGGUGAGUGCAGCUGGGUUUUAUGUUGUCAUUGAAACUGGUAUUAGAGUCAGUUUCUUUCAUCCCCAGUAGAGUAUCAUUUAGCCUGACAAAAAGAUGUACAAGCAUAAAAUUGAAAGUUUAUAAUACACCUGAAUCGGGCAUAAAUGUAAUAAUAAUAAAAGUUGCACCUUUAA